UUAUGAUUUCUGCAUAUCGAUAUCGCGCGCUGUACAUGCAGCAGACGACUGCAAAUGCAUUGCAGUUCGCACACUCAAUGGCAUCUUGACGAAAGUUAGUUGAUAUUCAACCGUAUAACGAUAACCUAGGAGCUCUUAAAUAUAUGAAUGAUGAUGUAAAUUUUUCAUCGACUUUUCUGAGAAUAACUUUUAUCAACAAUGAAUCGACAGCAUGUUUUGAACUGUAGUUUUUCGUCUUGGUACUCUAACUUCGUAGAGCGUACGAUCGAGAGUGAAGUCAUAAAGCUGCCACAGUCCUUUGUCAACUAUUUACUAGAAGAUGGAAUCUAUCUUCCUCUUAGCAAAGCUGAAUUAGCGGAGCAGAAUAUUCAUCGUGAGCUAUCAUCCAAGCGUCCAUCAUUUCCUGAUCUCCAAGCUAAAGUAGAGAAAGUAAUCAAUCAACUUGGAGGUGCAGUUUUUCCCAAGCUUAACUGGAGUGCACCAAGGGAUGCUUCCUGGAUUGUAUGUGGCAAUUCUUUGAAAUGCAACACUUUUAAUGAUAUAAUCCUGCUCCUCAAAAGCUCCAACUUUAUAUCCCAUGAUCUUACCAAACCGUUUGAGUUAUGCAAUGAGGCAGAGCAAGGGGGACAAGUACAGUACGAGUUGGUGUUAAGAAGAUGGAUAGAAAUACCUCCUUCAAUGGAAUUCCGUGUGUUUGUUGCAAAUCAAGAUGUCAUAGCAAUCUCACAACGUGACUGUCAAAGUUUCUUUCCAUGUGUACCUCCGCUGGAAGAUGACAUCACAUUUGAGAUAAUCAACUUUCAUGACAGAUACAUAGCUGGCACAUUCAAAGAACGACAUUAUGCUGUAGAUGUAUUCCGCAAAGACAAGGCUGAAUUUUUGAUAUUAGAUUUCAACCCUUUCAACGAAGUGACUGAUUCCUUACUUUUUACAUGGAAUGAGCUCUAUAGAAUGAGAGACAACGAUGAAGAAUGUCAGUUUAGAUGUAUCAGAGAAGAGGCUGGUGUACAACCCAGUCCAUAUCUAGCUUAUUCUAUGCCUUCAGACUUCUUAGAUCUUUCCACUGGGGCAGAUGCCAACAAGCUGGUCGACUUCUUGAAAAUGGAGGUCCAAAGACAAGAUGAUUGUUGUUCGUCUGAUGAUGAUGCUAGGUGAUGAUUUGUCCCUCUGAUGCAAUAGUAUUCACUGUUACCUUCUAUCCCAAUAUAUCUUGCAUGUACUUUUCCUUCUGUGUCUUUUGCCUCCUCCUAAAUGUUCAAUCUGGUUAAGAUGAGAAUCAUGUUUCAAAUGUAUUACAAGUAACUUGGUCAUUUAAACUUACAUACUCAAUUCUCAACACUCAUGUAAUUUUGUUCACAUUGCAAUCUCUGUAUUAAAUGGUGGUACAACAUAUCAGGCAUACUAUACUCUUUAAUCACAUUCUGACAUGUAGAUAUCAUAUGGGCAUUUUCACCACAGAUGGACACAGAGGCAAAA